GCAGCUGUCUUGGGCGAACGUUUUGUCCAAGAAGGGGCGCUGCCUGAGUUUCGACACCUAUGCCGAUGGAUACAUCCGAGGCGAAGGCUUCACCGGCCUCUACGUGAACCCUCUGAAGAAGGAGGUGGAUGGCAAGAGGGUCAUCGAUGAGGAUCCUCCAAUCAUCGGGCUGGCAAGCGGUGGCUACAUCAACAACAACGGCCGCUCCGCGUCCCUGUCCGCCCCGAGCGGCGCCAUGUAUCAGGAGCUCGUGGCGAACUCCGUUCGCUCUGCUGACGUGUCACCACUCGAUGUGGAGGCAGUAGAGUGCAAUGCCGUGGGUCACGUGCUGUCCGACGCAGUGGAGGCCACAGCCCUCGUCCGUGCCUACCGAUCUCUAGCUACCACCGAGGACAACGAAGAGGAGGAAAUCCUGGGGCUGCUCUCGGGCAAAAGCAACUACGGACACAUGCGACCCGCUGCCGGCGUAGCGGCACUUCUGCGGGUGAUUGUGGGCCAG